AUGUAUUUGUGUCAAGAGAUGCACCGCGAAUUUUCUUACGAUCUUCGUCGAAAAAUGACCAUGGUAUGUGCCAUCUUAAAUAUGCUCAACGACAAAUACUUACUAUUGAAGCUCGUAUGCACCACACUUACCGACGAGUACGAGCUCGAUCUUGGGGGUAAGACACAGCCGUCAGUCAACAUUGAUGAUCUCUUGUAUUCUACCUAUCACCUUCUUGUUAUGUGUGACAUUGCAUUUCCUACCUUUCGCUGCCAGGGCCAACUAAGCACGUUGCGGAAAAUGAUAACAUCCACAUCGGCUCGACCUGGAAGACUGAUCGACACCCCCGAUAAUCCAAAAUGCCAGGUUCUCCUCAUGAGAGUCACGCAUAGGCUUAACAAGUGCAAGAGGAACAAAGGCGUAACCGUAAGAAGCAGAAUCCACGUGAGAUAUCAUCGUUCUAACCAAAGCAGGACUGCUUUCACCUACACAGAACGGAACGAUAACCUGGGUCUGUAUGUUAUCCAGGAUAUUAUCGAGUACGCCUUUCUCGAUAAUGCAUUUGCCAGCGAGCGAAUUAAAUAUCCGCGAGACAUUUAG